AUGAUAUCAGUACGAAUUGUACUAACAGAUCAUUAUAUAACAUCGGUUAAUUCACAAUUUGAUCCAGUGUAUUCUAAACUACGACAUCCGAUAAAACAAGUACCGGUCAUUCGAAUAUUUGGACCGAAUGAAGAGGGAAAGAAAGUUUGUCUUCAUUUGCAUGGAAUUUUUCCUUAUUUACUUGUUAAAUCACCAACGGAUGAAAUACGUUAUGGUGAACAAUUGGCACAAAGUUUAGAUAUGGCGAUUAAUUUAUCAUUUGAAAAAGGAAAUCCUGAAACAAAACAUGUUCAUGAUAUUAAUUUGGUUGAAUUAUUACCGAUAUAUGGUUAUCAUGAAAAAGUGGUUAAAUUUUGGAAAAUUGAAUUUUAUAAUCCUUCGAUUAUUCGAAAAGCAGCCGAUCUUCUCUUAGCUGGUGCUGUAAUGAACCAAGAAUUUCAACCACAUGAAGCUCAUGUUCCAUUCAAUCUUCAAUUUUUUAUUGAUUAUAAUUUAUAUGGAAUGAAUUUUAUAUUAUUCAAUAACGCUUGUGAACGAAAUUCAUCAAAAAUAACCACCAAUCUUUCGACAGCAACUAAUCAAACAACAAACAUAUCAUCUAUACAACGAGUAUCAUCUUGUGAACUUGAAUAUGAUGUACAUAUUGAUGAUAUUUGUAAUAAACCACCUCAAAUAGGUAAAGGUAUUGCUAAUCCAGGUUUACAAGCUCUGUGGAAUGGUGAACGAACUAGACGAGAAAAUUUAAAUAUUAUCGAUCGUUUAACACCACCAACAUCACCAGAACGUCCUCGUACAAAUCCAUUUGCUGCAGAGAUUCGUCAUCAAGAAAAAUUACAAGCAAAUAUUGAAAAACGACCUCCACCUAAAGAUGAAGUACUAAAAUCGAGUCCACUUGUAAAUCUUGACGAUACAACAAUAGAUUUAGCACAAAUUGAACGAGUUAAUUCAAUAAGUCAACAAGUUGAUGAUGAAGUUCUUGUACAAAUGAUGGUUAAUGAUGAAAUAAGUGAUUCACAAGGAAUUGAAAACGAUAGUAUUUUAGCUGCUGAUGUGAAACAAUUGGAUGAUGAAGAAUUAUUAGAUGAUGAUGUACAAAAAACUGUUGUUAAUAAUACAGUUCUUACUUCAGAUGAUGAGUCUGAUUCAUUAAAUGUAUUAUCACCAACAUUGACAGUAACAAGUAAUGAACCAUCAUCUCAAACAAGUGAACAAGAACGAGAAGAAUUAAAAACAUUUUUACAAAAUUUUUUCACUGAAUCAGCCAAUAAAAGCGAUUCAAUAUCAUCGAAAUAUUGUUGGUUAGAAACAAUAGCUCGACCACCCGUACGAAAACGAACUACGAAUAUAUUACAUCAAAAAAUUUCUUCACAAAUUAUUUGUCAAGAUAUUGAAGAUGAAACACCGUUUGUUAAAUUGUUUUCAAAUAUCCCUGAAUUUGUUUCUAAACAUUAUCAACGUACUGAUACUCAACGAACUGAAGAAGAAAAAAUUGAUUUUUAUGCUAAUCAAGGUGCUCAAUGGUAUGGACCAUUACAACCACCACCUCAACCUGAACAUUAUAAAAUAUCGAUUUCAAAAUCAUUGAAAAAUGAAAAAAAUAUUUCAAGAAAAUCUCGUACUAAUCUUCUUCAUAAAGAAUCAACAAAAACUACAGCAUUUUUAAAUAAAAUUGGUGUGGAAGCAAAAUUAUCUUCAAUUUUAAAUACGAGCGAAUCAUUUUCUAAUAAUAGAAGUAAUAUUCAUUUGGAUAAAUUAAAUCAACCUGAUCUUAUACAUGAAUGUCAAUAUUUAACAGUAAUUUCAUUUGAAAUUUUUUGUCAAACAAAUGAGUCAUUCGCAUUUGCUCUUGAUAAAGAUGAAAUAUUUUCAAUAUUUUAUACCAUAGCUUAUGAAACAAUUAAUGGAUGGAAAAUUCAAUCAUCUGUUCUUCUAUCAACUCAACAUUUACGUAUAACAAAGCCAAAUCUUCUUGAAAAAUCUUUUUGUUCAUUAGAAAAUAAAAAAAUUGAAUUUGUUAAAAAUGAAUUAGAAUUAAUUGAAGAAUUCUCUAAAAUAAUACAACAAUCAGAUCCUGAUAUAAUUGCUUGUUAUGAUAUGAAAUUAUCUUUAUAUUAUUUAAUAAAACGUGCAAAAUUAAAAUAUAAUUUAGAUUUAUUAAUUAAAUUCAGUCGUAUACCUGAACAACAAGAUAAUGUAACACGUAGUCGAAGUCAUAUGGCGGCUAAUGGAGAUGAUUUACCAGUUAUAAUUGGAAGAAUAUUACUUGAUUUAUGGCGAAUUUUAAGAAGUGAAAUAACAUUAAAUAUUUAUACAUUUGAAAAUGCAAUGUAUCAUGUAUUAAAUGAACGUGUACCACAUUAUGACAUAAGUUUACUUUCAAAAUGGUUUAUUGAUGAAGGAGUUAAUCCAUCAUUUGGUUUAAGAGAUUUUGUGACUUUGUUAGAUUAUGGUUGGACACAUUCAACGGGUAAUUUUCGAUUGAUGUAUGAAUUAGAUUUAAUUAAUAAAACAUCUGAAUUUGCACGAAUUUAUGGAAUUGAAUUUUAUCAAGUUCUUUCACGUGGUUCUCAAUAUCGUGUUGAAUCAAUGAUGAUUCGACUUGCUAAAUGUUUGAAUUUCGUUACCGUUACUCCAGAUAAUGUGCAACGGUUACAUAUGCGUGCACCAGAAUGUAUUCCAUUGACACUUGAACCUAUUUCAAACAUAUAUUUUACACCAGUUGCUAUAUUAGAUUUUCAAUCAUUAUAUCCAUCAAUCAUAAUGGCAUAUAAUAUAUGUUAUUCAACAUGUCUUGGACGUAUUGAUCAACUUGAUAAACAAGGACCAUUUAAAUUUGGUUGUACAUCAUUAAUAAUAUCUGAUAAAAUUCUAUCAAAUUUAAAUCCUGAUACAGACAUUUUUUGUUCGCCAAAUGGUGUUGCAUUUAUUAAAAGACAUAUACGACGAGGAAUAUUACCUGUUAUGCUUGAAGAAAUUUUAGCAACACGUGUUAUGGUUAAAAAUACAAUGAAAUUAAUUGAUAAAAAAUCAAUACUCUAUAGAACAUUAGAUGCAAGACAAUUGUGUUUAAAAUUAAUUGCGAAUGUUACAUUUGGAUAUACAUCAGCUAGUUUUAGUGGACGAAUGCCAUGUGUUGAGGCUGGCGAUACAAUUGUACACACAGCUCGUACUGUUCUUGAACGUGCUAUUGAUUUUAUUAAAACAAAUCCACAUUUUGGUGGUCGUGUUGUUUAUGGUGAUACUGAUUCAUUAUUUAUUCAGUUUCCACAUUCAACUCGUACUCAAGCGUUUGAACAAUCACAUUUACUUGUUAAAGCACUUAAUCAAUUAUAUCCAUCACCAAUAAAAAUAAAAUUCGAAAAAAUUUAUAUGCAAAGUGUUUUAGCAUCUAAAAAACGUUAUGUUGGUAUGUCAUAUGAAACAGUUGAUCAACAACAAGGUAAAUUUGAUGCUAAAGGUAUUGAAACAGUUCGUCGUGAUACAUGCUUAAUUGUAUCGAAAAUUCUUCAACAAUCACUUAAAUUAUUAUUUCAAACUAAAGAUAUAACACGUGUACGUCGUUAUGUUCAAUUUGAAUGUGAAAAGAUUUUAACAAAUCGUUUUAAUUUACUUGAUUUUAUAUUUGCUAAAGAAUAUCGUGGUAAAUCACGAUAUCAUCCAUUGGCACCUGUACCGGCUUUACGUAUUGCAAUUGAACGUGCAAAAACAAAUCCAUUAGCUGAACCAAAUCAAGGUGAACGUGUCCCAUAUGUUAUUGGUUUUAAUACAGAAGUAUUAAAUGCAAAUUUAAUUGAUUGUGUUUGGACAUUAGAUAAGGUACUUGAAUAUAAAUCACAAUUUAAACUUCAUUCAAUGUAUUAUAUAAAAAAACAAAUUUUACCAGCACUUGAUCGUUGUUUAGCGUUAAUUGGUGUUAAUGUUUUUAAAUGGGUUGAUAAUUUAUUAGUUGAUAUAAAUUCAAAUGAUAAACAACAAGGACCAAUUUUAGAUGAAAAUCUUCAUAGAAAUAAUCUUCGUCGACGAUGUAUUGUAUGUUUACAAUUAACAAAUACGCCAUUAUGUAAUGAAUGUCGAGAAGAAGAAGAUUUAUCAGAAACAAUGAUUAUAUGUGAAAAUAAAGCUAAUAAAUUAGAAAGACAACAUGCAAAUUUACAAAGAUUAUGUUUAGCAUGUUCAGAUCGUAUCGAUGGAUGGUUUCAAUGUGCAACAAUUGAUUGUCCAAUUAGAUUUCGUCUUCAUAAGAUUACACAGUUAAUGCAAAUGGCACAAGAAACACGAAAAUUUGUAUAUAAUGAAUGUUAA